UGUCAUCCUACGCGCGUGCAGGGGGAAACGCACUGCGCGUUGUGUAUUUGUUGAGAAAAAACACUGGGCGGUUUGGCCGAGGAGGCCACAGUGUACGUGCACUUAAAGCAAGAUCGUCAUUGGUUUAGCGACUCAAAUCCACUGAAAUUAAAUUAGCCUCGUUUUGAUGGAUAGCUUUUAUUCUAUUUUGCAAACGCAUCUAGUGUAACGAGAUACAAAAUUUAAAUUUGUAAACAGCUGUCUGUCAAGUAAGAUAAAAACAGAACACUUUUGUUUUGCGUUGAAAAAUGUAAACAUUAAACGUUAUUAUAGAAUUCCUUUACAUUACAUUUUAUAAUUUCGCAAAUAAUUUUUUAAUUAAAGUCUAGCCGAACUAUUUUGUUCUGUACUUAAGUAAAUCAAGACGCAUGUAAAGAAAAACAAUGUUUGAAGAAGGCUUAUGUGAAAAAAGAGUAAUCACAGUCAUUACUAGAAGAACUUCUUAAAGAUAAAGAAAUAUCAUGAUCAAGAGAACUUUGUUUAUAUUUCGUCACUUAUUUACCUUAUCACCAUGGAAGUACAGAAGAAAGCUUGUUAAUGAAUUUUCUCUUUUUAUUUACAUUUUAACUGUAUUAUCUUUCUCUAUACCAAGUUUUACACAAAAACUUAGAGGUGGCCUAUUUCCUGAUGUUAGAGAUUUAUCUAGCUUUAGACCGGUAAAAGCUUCAUCCACUUGUGGUUUGGGUAAUGCACAAACGUAUUGUGCGUCCAGUGUGUCAAAUGAUAGUUUAAUAUCCUGCACUCAACAAACAUGUGACUUACAAUGUUGUAGAAAAUGUGGCUCUUCAACUCCACAUUUUACAGAUAUAGGGAAAGAUGGUACCACUUCCAUUGGUGUGUAUACCUCAGCAGAUCGGAGGCCUGGCAGUGACGUGUUUAGUGAAUCUAAAGAUAUUAGAAGUGGAAGUAUAACAUCAAAAAAAUUUGAUACUUCAUCUAACUUUACAUUUACUACUUGGAUGAAACAAAGUGCGCAAAAUUCUGGUUUGCUAAUUUCAAAAGGCAACAUCUUCAAUAUCCAAGUUCAAGAAUAUGCUAUGACAUUUAACUAUAGAACAAAAGAUUCUGGCAGCAUUACAAACACUUUAAAAUUUAUGAAUGUUAAUUUUCUGCAAAAUAAUUGGCACCACAUUGCUGUAGCAGUUUGCGGACAUGAUAUUACGUUAUUUAUUGAUGGUGAAGUUGUUCGAACUGGUAUGCUUUCUGGCGCAGUGAUUGCAGAAAGGGAAAAGUUAAUCAUUGGUCAAAACGUGGAUGGAAAUAAUCAAUUUGUGGGACUUCUACAAGAUAUAAAAUUCUAUGCAAAGGGACUCACUAACAGAGAGGUAAUCGAGUCGAUGAAUGGAACUCUUGUGCCAAUUCCAUAUACACACUGUCGCUGUCCAGAAUCUUAUCCUCUUGUAUCAGCAUCUAAUCCAUUUUACUGUAUGAAAAACGAUGUAAAAACUGGUCAACUAGCUGGUCAAUUGCAAAGAUUAAGUGUAACCUCUCAUCCUGUUGAUUAUUUGGCUGACAACGAAGUCAUCACUUACUGGUUGUCAGAGAAAGUAAACAGUGUAACAUUAGAGUUUGAUCUUCAGUUUUCUCGCUUACAGAUUUAUCUUGUCAGUAUCACAUUCUACAGUCCUACACCACCAAGUAUAACGAUUGAACGCUCAAUAGAUUUUGGACUAUCAUACAAACCAUGGCAGUAUUUUGCAAUUGACUGUAAAAGUUCGUUUAACAUGGAUAACAAUGGUUUCCUACCUGAACCUGAUUCAAUUAAUUGUUUACAAAUUCCAAGACCAAAAGCAUCAUGGGAAGUGAUAACGUUUCAGCCGGCUGAAGCUGGUCCUGAAAAUAGACCACAACGUCCAUUUGGUACUCCUGGUUGUAGUGAUUUUCAUUGUUCUCCUAAAUUAAUGCAGUUUGUUCAAGCUACGAAUGUGAAGAUUAAAUUAUCAGGUCAUCUUUUUGCAACCCACCCUGAUCACAGAUAUUAUGGUAUUCGGAGAGUUAUUAUUGGUGGCAGCUGUGAUUGUUAUGGUCAUGGGAAGAUAUGCAUUUUUAAUGCAUCUGCUACACCAAAUCCCAAGUACAUUUGUCAGUGUGAUAGUCGUACUAAUACUGAAGGAGAGCAGUGCCAGCGUUGCUUACCCCUAUACCGUGAUAAACCAUUUGCCAGAGGUACAAUCUUAAAUGCAAACCCAUGCAAAGCAUGCGAAUGUCAUCGUCAUGCUGACUCCUGCUUUUAUAAUCGAACACUGGACCAAGAUCCAAAUGAUAGAAAUAAGCUAGGUGGUGGAGUGUGUACAGGUUGUAAACACAAUACCAUUGGUAGGUUCUGUGAAACUUGCAAACCUCUAUUUUAUCGUCCAAGUGGAAAAUUACUUAAUGUGACCGAUGUAUGCCAGCCUUGUGAUUGCAUUGGUCCUGGUGUUGUGUCUGGCCAGUUGGAUUGUCAAAAGGAUGAUUCUACUACAGGGAUUCUCGCUGGCCAGUGUAAGUGCAAAUCAUUCGUUAAUGGUCGUCAGUGUACAGAAUGUAAGAUUGGCUAUUUCAAACUCUCAUCCACCAAUCCUGAUGGCUGUUCUGAAUGCAGCUGUACUCUUGCGGGGACAGUAAACAAUGAUGCAUCUUGUCAUAUUUCAUCGGGACAAUGUAACUGUAAAAUUAAUGUUAUUGGUGCCAAAUGUACCAAUUGCAAGUCUGGUUAUUAUGGUCUCACUUCUGUAAAUCCUCUUGGAUGUUCUCCAUGUAAUUGCAAUCCUCUUGGGGCUGACUUAGCUGCUUCUUGCCAUGUAACUACUGGACAAUGUGUAUGCAAGGACAGAUAUGAGGGUAGAGCUUGUGAUAGAUGCAAACAAGGUUACUAUGGUCCAACGUGUCAAGUUUGUUCAUGCUUUCCACCUGGUACCGAAGGUGGAUCUGCAUCACUUUGUAACAAUGAUAAUGGAAAAUGCAGCUGCAAGCUAUACGUUACUGGUUCGUCUUGUAAUCAAUGUAAAACAGGAUAUUAUGGACUUUCAAUAUCAAAUCCAACUGGUUGCCUUCCUUGCAACUGUGAUAACAAAGGAACUAUAGGAAAUUCAGGUAUGUGUGACCAGAAUAAUGGCACAUGUGCUUGUAAGCCACAGGUAGCUGGUCGUGGUUGUAACAUAUGCAAAGUGGGAUCAUAUGGUUUAAAUGCAUCAAACCCAGAUGGUUGUACAAGAUGUAAUUGCAGUUCACGUGGCACAGCAGGUGGAAAUAACACACCACAAGACAAAUUAGUUUGUACAUCAACAGGACAGUGCAGCUGUCUAUCCAAUGUUGUUGGCAAACAGUGCCAAGAGUGUGCUGGUAAUUAUUACUGGAAUCCUAAUGGACUUGGUUGCUUGCCAUGCAAUUGUGACGUCAAUGGAUCUACCUCAAUUGGAUGUAAUACUACAGGAUAUUGCAAAUGUAAACAAAACUCCGGUGUGAGUGGAAUGAAAUGCAAUGAAUGUUUGCCAGGAUACUAUGGUUUUGUCAAUGGAAAUUGUCUUAAAUGUAACUGCUUGACUGCUGGUAGUUCUGGUCCACGUUGCGAUGGAUUUGGGAAAUGCAUAGAAUGCAAGAAAAAUGUUCAAGGAUUGAAGUGUGACGCAUGCAGGGCUGGCACAUCUAACUUAACUGCAGAUAAUCCAUACGGGUGCAGUGGAGCACCGUACCAACAAGGCCCACCUUUUAUCAUCUCUCAAACUGCAAGAUCGGUAUCAUUAGCCUGGUUGCCACCAGACCAUCCGAAUGGUGCUAUAACGAAAUAUGAUCUGUAUAGAGACAACAGUCGAAUUUAUAGUGGAAUUCAGCGCUCAUUUGUUGAUAAUACAGUAAAACCUUUCACGAAUUAUUCAUACUAUGUCGUAGUUUACACGUCUGGUGGAUCAGCAAAAAGUGUGGAUGAUCUGUUACAUCAAACACUGUCAGCUGCACCUGAACAUGUUCAACCCCCAAACAUAACUCAGAUUCAGGAAAGAUCUGUAGUAGCAACUUGGAUGCAACCCAAAAUUUCAAAUGGAAAAAUAGUUCAAUACAUUUUGAAAUCAAUAUCAAGUUCUGACACGAAGGAAGAUCAUUAUUCUGGUUUGAAUACUUUAUAUCAAGUGACAGGAUUAAACCCUUUUACAAUCUAUAAUUUCUCUGUCACUGCCUGCACUGUGGGUGGCUGCUCGUUUAGCAGCAAUACCAUUGUGUCAACUCGAUCUGCAGCUCCAGACAGUCAACCAGCACCAUAUCUCAAGCCAUUAUCAGGAGGAGCAUCUAUAUUGGUAACUUGGGAUGCUCCUGCAAAACCGAAUGGUGAAAUACAAUUUUAUGAUUUGUUCUCGCGGCAGGCACCUUUCUCUGGAGAAGGAAACACUAUUGCUUUGCGAUUGAAUCCGAAUAUACGGAACUUUACUGUACCUGGACUUGUUCCCUUCACCUUUUAUGAGUUUCGUGUGGUUUCGUAUACAGCACAAGUUGAAGGAUCAACAUCUAGUAACUGGACGAGAAUUAGAACUUUAGAAGGAGUUCCAGCAGGUGGGUCGUCCAUCCAACCAAAUGCUAUAUCACUUAACAGUACUUCUAUGGAUUUAUCAUGGAGCGAGCCAGCACAACCAAAUGGUGUGAUCCGUCGUUACGAGAUCUUUCGAUAUGAACAAGCCUCAAAUUAUUUAACUCCAAUAUUAUCAAGCUCUACACAUGGAACUGUUUUCCACACAAAAAUUAAUAAAUUACAGCCAUACACGCAAUAUCAGUUUUCUGUAACAGCAUGCAAUACUAUCGGUUGUACUCGCCAUAGUUACAAGGUGACUGCACGGACGAGAGCUUCAGCACCACAAAAUCAAAGCGAACCAAGUGGAACUGCAUACAACAGUAGCUCGAUAUUAUUAAAAUGGUCUGUACCAGAAGUUGCAAAUGGUCCGUUGCCUCUUAACUUUAUCGUUGAAAUGGUGCUGCCUUUAUUUAAUUAUCCCCCGUCUGAAGUUGAACAAGGUAUUCGGUUUCCUGGAUUUGGGUAUUAUCAAUUUCCAGGUAGUCUUAUUCCAGACAGUGCAACUAACCAGUUAGAGUUCUCCUUCAAAACAAGAUUUUUAGAUGGUUUAAUAUUUUUUGCUGCAUCUCAGAGACAAGAAGACAUUAUUGUAGUUGAGUUUCGAGAUGGCUGCCCAUGGUUCAUCUUUGAUACUGAAAGCGGUGUGGUCGAAUUUACUAUAACAAAAAACACAACCUUCAAUGACAACAAAUGGCAUCACGUAUUAGCAACAAGAGAUUUAAAAGAAGGAAAAAUAGUUAUUGAUGGUACAUAUAGUGGUUCCGGAACGUCUACUGGAUUAAAGAAUGUGAUUGGUCAGAUUUCCAAUGUCUUUAUUGGUGGUUUACCGGACGAGUUCAGAAUUGUGCGUCGUGAUGGAACCACUCUAAAAAGAAUGUAUUUUAUUGGCUGUUUAAAGAAUUUCAAAUACAAGAACGUUAUUGUAAAUUUCAAGCAAGCUGUAAAGAAUGUUGCUGUGUCUCCACUAUCCAAUUUUUGUCCUGCAUCUUACGAAGCAGGAGUGUAUUUUAAAGGAGAAGGCUUUGUAGUUUUAAAGAAAGGCGUUUUUAAAGGUGGAAAAUCUUUCUCUAUUCAAUUGAAAUUUCGAACAUUGCAAGCAUCGUCAUUAUUACUUUAUGCUACCGGUGAGCGUGUCGUGUUUGCAGUUUACUUCAGCAACAAUACUAUUCUUCUGAAGUACAAGACUGCAACUGAUGCUGGAAUAUAUCCUGUCUCUACAUUGAAGCUCUGUGAUGGAGAAUGGCAUGAACUCUCUGUUGUAAGUUUAGCUCAGCAGGUAUCAGCUACAUUAGAUGGUAGUAAAAGACAAAUUGCAUCGUUUCCAUCUAAUUUCGUAAUUGACUCUGAAAUGUAUAUGGGUGGCGUACCAGUUAAUUCGGAAGAAAAAACUCUUCAAAACCUCCCAUUAACACAGGGAUUUAGUGGAUGCUUACGGGAUGUUUAUUUCGGAACUGCCGUUCACUACCAAAGUGCGGUUAUGAAGUCGCAUAAUGUUGAGCUAGAUGGCUGUCCACAACAAGCUACCACUGGUUCGUCUUGCAGCAACAGUGUCAUCCAAACUGUUUAUCGUGGUUUCGAUAUGGGUGUAUCAGUUGAUGGUCUAAACACCUUUACUGAGUAUUUGUACAGAGUGAAAAGUUACCACACAAAUAUACCAGGUUAUGCUGCAAGUGAGUGGAUUCCAAUAAGAUCUGGAGAAGGAUCUCCACAGAAUCUAUCUAAACCAAUCGUUGAGAAUGUUAACGCCACUUUUGUUACAUUGCAAUGGCGAAAACCAGCGAUUGCAGGUGGUUUGAUAACAUCAUAUCAAUUACAUGCAUAUCAUGCACCAACUAAAGAAAAUAAAUCAAUACAAAUCGACAAUGUGUUAAAUUUUAGAAGUGUUUUUCAUAACCUUCAUCCUGCGUCCUUGUAUUACUUUACCGUUGAAGCUUUCACAGCUACUGGUAGUGUGGAAAGCGAGGCUGUAUCUGCAACUACUCUUCCAGCUGCUCCUAAUGGCUUUUCGCCACCAAACAUUGUAUCUUUUCCGACAUCAUUGAACAUAUCGUGGCAACCACCUCUCAAACCUAAUGGCGUCAUCUUGUUCUACCAAGUUGAUAUUGACAAUGUGAAAAGAUACUCUGGGAAAAAUUUGCAUACUUAUAUUGAUGGACUUAAUGUGUACAGGCUUUAUAACGUUAAGGUAUAUGUAUGUGGUAUCGUAGCUUGCGCUACCAAUACUCUUCAAGUAUAUACUGGACAACUACCCCCACAAGGUGUGAUAGCACCUCAGCUUCGUGUGCUAGGUAGCCGUCGAAUUGAAGUGAAAUGGUUUGUUCCUACUCAGAAAAACGGGCAAAUGCAAAGAUACGAAAUUUUUCUGUCGUUAUCAACAUCAUCGUUUAAUAUGAUAUCUGUGUUUAAUGCGACAUCAUCAACAUAUGAAACAAUCAUCAGUAAUCUACGUCCAGGAACAUUGUACUUUUUCAGAGUUAAAGCCUUUACUGAAGCUGGAGGGACAUUAGGAGAUGUGUCUCAAGUCCGAACACUUGAAAGCGCUCCUGAACAAAUACCUCAGCCUGUUGUUUCUGUUGUGAACUCAACUGCAUUGUUAGUAAAAGUUCGUCCGCCGAAGCUGCCCAACGGUGUUAUCAACCGUUACGUGUUACUCCAAAAUGGUGCCAAUGUUUUGCAGACAUCCACUUUACCAGAUAAUUACCUCUCUAAAGAUCUACAGCCUUAUUCAAGACAUACUUUUCAGGUGGAAGCUUGCACAUCAAAAGGUUGCGGAUAUAGUGAUCCAAUAGAAGUGUAUACUGGACACGCCCCUCCUGUUGGAAACAUUGUACUAACUGCAACUAUACUAGACUCACAUUCUGCACAAGCUUCCUGGACAGCUGUGCAGUCACCAAAUGGUGUGGUUACAUAUAACUUUUAUGUGACUGGAGAGUUCUACAUUGAUUUGAAACAAGGCUAUGAUACGGUGAACAAGACAAUCGUCUGUAUCAGUAGUAAUACCACCAACCAAAAUGUUGUGUGCAAUCAGUUGUUAGCGUUUGAAGAGUACAGAGUUUUUGUGAAUGCUUCAAAUGAUGCUGGAUAUAUUCUGAGCAACACGCUACUACUAAAAACUCCUGCAGAUGUUCCCGAAGGUAUUUUCCCACCAUCUGUUUUGUUUGUGAAUUCAACAACAAUUACAUUAGCCUGGUCUCCGCCUGCUCGUAUUAACGGCUUAAUAAAAAAAUACACGCUGUAUGGAUACCGUGAAACUGAUAUUCUGGGAACGUAUAGUAAAUAUGUGUUAACAUCAGGUCUUGUUAACACUUAUACAAUCACGAGCUUGACACCGUAUACAAAUUAUACUUUUUGGAUAGAAGUGGAAAACCAAAUCGGAAAAUCAACAAGUGAUUGGACAAAUGUGACUACUGCAGAAGAUGUUCCAACUAGCCUGGAUACGCCCAAACUAUCUACCGUCGGGUCUAGAUACGUUAUUCUAGAGAUCUCACCACCAGCAAAUAUAAAUGGUGUUUUAACUCAGUAUGCUGUGUAUUUGAACGAUACUCUCCAAAAUAACACCCUAAAAACAACGGUGUUAGUAUCUGGCUUGCAACCAUUUGUUUUUUACCAAGUUCAUGUGGCGGCUUGCACAAAAGUGGGUUGCAUCAACAGUUCUGUGAUUUACUUCCGAUCACUGCAAGAUGUUCCUGAAGGAAUGUCUGCUCCAAUUCUGACCACCAAUAAUUCGCGUUUGGUUUUUGUAUUGUGGAGUAAGCCAGAUGUUUCAAACGGAAUCAUCAUUUCAUACAGCAUACAACGAAGAAGAACGGACACCAAUGUACCUAUCCUCAUCCAGAAAGUGAAUGCUAGUUUUUGGAAUACUUACGUAGAUGGUACUGUCGAACCCUACACCUCAUAUGAUUACCGUAUCAUUGCAGAAACAAGUGUGGGUGGUACACCAAGUCCGUAUAACACGAUAAGAACUCUUCAAGGGGAACCGGAAUGGAUACAAUCACCCAUCACUUUUGCCUUAUCAUCAAGUUCUAUCUCAGUAAAAUGGGCAAAACCUUACAAACCCAAUGGAAUUAUCACUCACUAUUAUGUAAAGAUUGCUGGAAGAUCCGAUUUGAUCCGAAAUGUAACCCUGUUUGAAUACACUCUAACCGGUUUACAGGCUUACGUGAGGUACAGUAUUGUAAUAAGUGCAUGUACCAUCGGAGGAUGUGGCAAAAGUCCCCCGUCUCUUGCGCGAACGUUACCUGCAAAACCUGAUGGUCAAUUGCCGCCAUCUGCAGAAGUUUUAUCUAAUUCCAGUUUGCGUGUACGUUGGCAAGAACCUAUUUUUCCUGGUGGUCCAAUCCAAAACUAUUUAUUAUGGAGUCGUGUUAUGGAAAGUCUUGUUUCUGAAAAUAUUACCGUUCCUACGCCCUGGCGUAAAAUCUAUGAAGGCGUGUCAACAAUUUAUGACGACAAAGACUUGGGAAUUUAUUCUCUUCACCAAUAUAUGGUGAUAUGCGUCACAACAGAAGGCAACGUUUCAAGCAAAGCUUCAUCCAACUACAGAACGGGUCCAGGGAAACCUACUGCUGGUCCACUUGUGCGAGCAACAGCGUUUAAUCACACUACCAUCUCCGUCUCAUGGACCGAACCACCUAUAUCGCAACUUCAAGGAGACGUGCUAAGUUAUCUUGUCACAUAUGAAGUAGUAAGGACUUCGAGUGUUUACAACUUUGGAACUUUCCCUGGCAACAUUGGCACCAUUUUGAUUGGCAACUUAAGACCAAGUACUACGUAUGACAUUCGCGUUACGCUAUUUAAUGGAGCUGGUUCGAAGGAGAGCAAUGCUGCUAGAACCAAGACGCUAGCAGGAGUUCCUGAAGGAUUUGACAAACCUAUUAUCAACAAAAUUGAAGCUUACAGUUUGGGCAUCUUUUGGGUUGCACCUAGAGUACCGAAUGGUGAUAUCACCAACUACACUAUCAUUUUUAAUGACCAAAAGAUGGAUACAGUCAAAGGGGAUGUAACAUACCAUCAUCAACAUGGAUUACUACCAUAUACUAAUUACUUGAUCAAGAUACAGGUGUGUACGCAAUACACGUGCAUUUUAAGUAGUAGUACGAUGCAGAGAACGAACCCUGCAGCUCCUACAAACUUGUCGCCACCUGUUGUCACGGCUUUAUCACCAAGCUCAAUAAACAUAGCCUGGUCUCGACCGCUUAAUGAGAAUGGUAUUAUGACUGGUUAUCAGUUAUAUAGACGAGGCUACACAAAGUGUUUAACGAAGCCAACGCCCAAAAGAAAAUGUACGUAUGUGACGUGUGAGAUUAACAAGAUGUUGUGUGGAGCAAAAUGUUACGAUCCAAAGACGCAGGUAUGUUGCGGGGACAAAUUAUACGCAAAAGAUGCAAGAAAAACGUGCUGCGAGCAAAACUAUGGCAUUAAGAAUGACGUCACAGAUGUUUGUUGUGGAGGACAGUUCUUUCCCUACCAAUCGUCGUAUCAGUGUUGCUAUGGAUACUAUCGCCAAGUUACCAAGGGCCAUGUUUGUUGCAAAGGGGAUAACGGUGUGGUGGUCGGCGUUGGCAACAGGUGCUGUGGAGACGUUCCUUAUGAUACAAAUGGAAGUAAAACAUGUCUGUGUGGAGGGCUUUAUGAUAAGUUUCCCAUGGUAAGGAAAUGUUGUGGAGGCAAGAUUGUAUCAAUUGCAGAAACAUGCUGCGGGAACUCAACUAAAGGGAAGGCUUAUACGUCGAACCCUUCAAAGACUUGUUGUGGGACGUAUUAUGUACCUUCAUCCAGUUCACUCUGUUGCAAGAACGACAUUGGGAUAGUGAAGGUGUACAACUACACGCAAUCUUCGUUGAAAGAAAAUCACAAGUGUUGCGGAACGAACCGUAUCUUGAAAACACAACAGUGUUGCACUAUCACUGGAUACGAUAACUCAACAAGCGUUUGUGCUGAUCGUUCAAGUUUCUCUGUGAAUGGUUGCGGAGAUGGAAAAGUGUGCUCCCUCGCGCAAAAAGCGACGUCGUACUGCAAUCGAUGUGAUUUCGACGUUUCCAAGCACGUAUGUGCGUAUGUUGCUGGAUACUAUGACAAGACACGAAACGUAACUGAGCCCGGGAUUUGCGUUACGCUAUUUAAAGAAAUUCUAGAAAACCGCCGCAAUCCGUCAAUCUUAUCAUUUGUUGACAAUGCUCUGAUUCCGCACACAAAAUACGAAUAUUAUGUCAUUGGAUUUAACACAGCUGGUAAUGUAACAAGUGGUUUAGGCAGUACACGUACACUCAUGUCCCGUCCAGAAGGUUUAUUACCACCAGUUCCUACUGUCAUCUCCUCGAGCCAAAUAGCCGUUGUAUGGUCACCCCCAACCAAGCCGAAUGGCCAAAUUAGUGAAUACAGAUUAUUUCGAAUUAAGUGGAUAACGAAGGAGGAAGUUUUGUUAUAUACAGGUGUUUCUACUUCACAUUUGGAUGAAAAAAGCUUGCAAGCGUAUACAGGAUACAUGUACGUGUUGAGCGUGUGCACGAACCAAUGCACAAAUAUCUCAGCAACUGAUUUAGUGUAUACUCAACAGUCUGUGCCAGAAAAUGUAAAUCCGCCAGUAUUAAUUGCCAAGUCAGCGUAUAUAAUAAGGGUGGAAUGGAGUGUUCCGAGAAAGCCGAACGGGGUCAUAGUAAAAUACAAUGUGACCCAAUUAAUAGAUGGACAUUUUGAACCGAUCUUACCUGAAGGAAAUUUAGGAGAGAUGAUGAUGGCAGAGGUAAAGAAUUUGAAACCGUACACGUUGUAUACAUUCCGAGUAGAAGCGUGUACUCGAAUUGGCUGCGCUGCUGGUCCUUCGGCUUCCGAGCGCACUUUACAGGCAGCCCCUGUAGGUGUAAACCCACCUCGAGUGGUAGUCAUCGGUGCUAGAACUGUCGAGGUAGAAUGGAGUGAACCUGCGGUAACAAAUGGUGUUAUAUCAUAUUACGUGUUAUACAGAAACGCUUCAGUUGUGUAUAAUAACACUGGUCAAAGCUUCAUUGACAACACAGUCUCACCUGCUACAUUGUACACCUACAGUGUGGAAGUAUAUAAUGCUGGUGGAGGCACCCUCAGUACAGGUGUAUCCGUAGUAACUCCAGAGAGUUCUCCCCAGGGUAUACCGGUUCCAGUGUUAUAUCCGCUAUCUUCUACUUCUAUCAACGUUUCGUGGUCUCCACCAUUAUUUCCAAAUGGAGUGAUCGUAAAGUAUGCAGUGUUUUAUCAAGAGAUAGAUGAUGUGAUUUAUAAGGGGGACGUAGGGUUAUUAUUUUUCAAAAUACUUGUUGGCUUAAAAGCAUUCACGUUGUAUCGGGUAAGAAUUGAAGCCUGUACAGUUAGAGGCUGCGGGACAGGCGAUCGAGGAACAGUUCGAACUUUUGAAGGUGUUCCACAAGGACAAGCUGCGCCAACCUUUCUUUCGACAACCAGCAGUAAGAUAGAAUUAAAAUGGAGUGCACCAUCUUUGCCAAACGGAAAUUUAACAAAGUAUAAAGUUGACCGUCGAAAACCGCAAGGCCCGCCCUUUCUUAUUUACAUGGGCAAUAGAACUGAAUAUAUUGAUUCUCAACUACAACCCUAUACUGAAUACGAAUACCGCGUCCAGUUUAUAAAUUCUGUGGGUGUGGCCGAAAGUACUUGGGUGGCUCAUCGAACGUUGGAAAGUAUCCCACAGGAUCUCGCUGCACCGAAAAUCGAUGUCAUAAAUAGCACGGCUAUAAGAGCAACGUGGACAAAUCCUGGAAGGCCAAAUGGUAUUCUCAAAUCAUUUUCUAUUCGUACCCGUAAAUUUAGUCAGUUGGGCGAUGAGAGAGUGGUCAAGUGUUGUAUCAAGGCUAAUGUUUUUACAACCGUGGUUAAUGGAUUUUUGCCAGCCACGAGAUACGAAUUUCAAGUUGGCGCGACCACCUCAGUAGGUACAGGGUAUAGCGGUUGGACUAUUGAAAGGAUGAAAGAAGCCCUUCCUAGUGGCAUACCUGUUUUGAAAGCCGACACCAACCCAGACGGAAACAACAACGGGCGAAGCAUGGAGGUCUAUUGGGAUCCUCCCGAGAUUAGCAACGGUGUUGUGCUUAACUACAUUCUAUAUGAGGAGUCCGUGGUAGUGUAUCAAGGAUUGCAAAGGAAGGCUUUAAUCAGAAGGCGAUUACCAUUCACGAAUUACACAUUCCAAUUGGCUGUGUGCAACUCUGCAGGCUGCAGAACGGGACCCAAGCAAGUUCUCACAUCUGGUGAAAUCAUCCCAAAAGGAUUAAUUCCACCAACAAGUAGCUUUUCUAACUCGACUUCAGUUUUGUUACAAUGGAGACCACCACUCUCCCCAAAUGGCAAAAUAAAUUUGUACCAAGUUUUACGUGAGCAAGUUGUAAAGCUCCGGCGGAGGAGAGCGGAAGUUAUCAUCUACUCAACCAAUGAUACGAAUAUAGCAACAUUUAGCUUCUUAGAUAUUUUCCUGCAGCCAUUUACAAGUUAUCGCUACAAAUUACGCGCGUUCAACAGUCAAGGGAGUGUGGACAGCGACUGGUUUACUAUCACCACCUCUGAGGAUGCACCUCAACAUCUGUCCAUUGUCAAUGCGACAGCGUUAGUUGGACCGAGCGUACUGUUGGAAUGGCUUCCACCUGCUCAACCAAACGGUAUCAUUCGUCAUUAUGACAUAUUAAGAAACGAAUCACGCAUUGACAGCACUUCGGCAACGUCGUAUAUAGAUAAAACUCAAGACCUCAAAUGGAACACGCUAUACUGGUAUCAAGUGUCGGCUUGUACUCUUGCAGGCUGUACAAAAUCACGACAUGCGACUAUCUUAACAGUUCAGUCAGCUCCAAAGGAUAUGCUUCCUCCAUCAUUAGUGGCGCUCAGCCCAACUCGUGUUGAAGUAAAGUGGCAACCACCCUUAACACCAAAUGGCAAAAUCAACAUAUACAAGUUAUUUUUGAACGAUGAGGUCACGCCUUUGUUCCAAGGCGAUGCGUUGGAAUUCAAUGCAACUGGAUUGCGUACUUUUACAACUUAUUCCUUCAGUGUCAGCGCUUGUACUGUUGAAGGAUGUACGAAAAGUAGACCGUCUUCGGUGACAACAAGAGAAGAUCUGCCAGAGCACAUGCCGGAACCUGUGUUGUACGUAAUCGGAGCGACUGUCAUUGAUGCAAGUUGGUCUCCCCCUCAGAGACCGAACGGGAUUAUUUUAUAUUAUGUGUUACGUAGAGACGGAAAUUUUAUCUACAAUGGAACGGACAAUCGCUUUACAGAUCGCACAGUAUCUCCAGGUCGUACAUAUGGUUAUACUGUCACUGUUUACAAUUCUGCUGGUGGCACUACAAGUCAAGAAGCAACCAGUCCACCGACAGACCAAAGUGCACCGAAAAAUGUCACAGCGCCUACAUUAAAAGCAUUGACUUCAUCAUCAAUUCUGGCAACGUGGACGCCACCAGGCAUUCCCAAUGGCGUUGUGAUAAGAUACUUAGUUCUUUAUGAUAACAAAGAGAUUGAUGUUGGCACGGUUCGAACGCAUAUCGGGCGAGCGCUAAAACCUUACACGAUGUACGAGUUUCGUGUAAAAGCUUGCACUUUAGCUGGUUGCACAUCUAGUCAAGGUGCUAGUGCUAGGACCUUGGAGUCAACCCCAUCACACCAGCCUGUACCGACCUAUCCAAUCGCUUCAAUAAAAAGUGACUCUAUUGGAAUCAUUUGGAAUGAACCUAGACAACCUAACGGGGUGAUUCUGCGUUAUGAACUAUUUCGGAAAGGUGAAAUUAACAAUACUUUGGUAUAUAGUGGGCCAGAUAAAUCUGUUACCGAUUCUGGUCCUGAUAUUACAUCGGAAACAACAUAUUUGUAUAAAGUAGUUUCAUACAAUACCGUUGGACGUACUGAAAGUGCAUGGUCUGAAGUAACGACGAGAACAUCAACGGCAGUGCCGCACAUGGUGUCACCUGUAAAGGUUCCACCCGAAAGCAUAGGAGACACCUACUUCUCAGUUAUAAUCACUCCUCCUGGCAAAUCAAAUGGUAUUAUACUGAAGUAUGUCGUCGAAUUGGUUGACUUAAGAAACGUCACAACGAAUCUGACGAAUUCUUUAAUACUCGUUUCCGAACUGCAGCCUGUGAGCAAUUACACUGUGCGGUUACAUGCAUGCAAUGCAAUCGGUUGUGGAGUAAGCAGUGACGUUUUAGUGGUCACUAAAAUGACAGCACCGGACAAAUUCAUCAAUGCUCCUCUUAUUAAACGAAAGACAUCAGUAGAAAUGGAAGUCACGUGGUUGGAACCUUUGUAUCCGAAUGGAGAGAUUACAAAAUAUGAAGUCCUUCUAAGGCUUGUGUGUCCACAACAGAUAUUACCAAACUGCCAAACAAAUACCAAACGAUAUUCAGCUGGGACAUCGAGAUCAUACAACGUCACUGAAUUGUCUCCAUAUACUCUGUACAACAUCUCCGUAGAAGCGUUCAACGCCGUGGGUUCUACUAGUUCUCCCUCAACUGAAGAGAGAACUCUCGCUUCCGCUCCUGUACUUGUUGAAAAGCCAUCUGUUCGAUUAUCUGAGGCCUCCAAGAAUACCAUCAUUGUCGAUUGGUCUUCAUCUUUUGAUUUGAGAAGUAAAUUGGUACGCUACGAACUGUAUGAAAAUAACAUAUUAGGCUUUAGUGGCCCUGAUCUUGUUGCAUCGAGACCUAACCGUCCGGUUGGCAGCUAUAUUUAUACGGUAAAGGUUUUUGUUGAUGUUAACGGAGUUGAACAGACUUUGAUAACAGAUGAAGUGAGUAUCGAUGUGGGUACAGUUGCUACGGCUGGUGCGCUGUCUUCGGAUACUCCUUGGUAUAAGACAGUCUGGUUUUUAGCCUUAUGCGCCUUGGCUGGCGUAUUGGCAAUCUUCCUUUUUUUAGUAUGUUAUUGUCGCAGUUGUAAAGGUGAUCGAACUGUGUAUGUUCGUCAGCGCGAGCCUCUACCAAUCAAAAACAAGUAUGGACAACGCGAGUCUUCCGUGGAUGCGUUCAGCGAGAAAGCAUACAGACAAGAUCGAGUCGGUUCACGUAAUGAAUCGCUUAGUCGGUAUAACACCAUUGGUUUUAACAACGAGAUGUUACCCUUGUCACCAACGUUGCGAUACGACAGCACACGUGAAAGGUUCGGCCCUUUAUCGGCCAUGAGUGAAUCGAAAAUUAAUGAGAAUUAUAUUAACGACGAUCUGGUGUGGGAGACAACAGCUAAUGGCAGAGAUUUGGACUCUGGAUUGUAUGACGAAAGUCCAACUUCGUUUGAUGAAGAACUAGAUGACACGCCGCCCGACAAUGAUUUAAUCAGUGUCCAGCAUGAACGUAUACUUUUUCCAGACACGCACUUGUAAACAUUGACGUAACGUGCGCCUGCAAUAUGAAGAGUAGUCAUAAAAGAUUUAAAAUGAUUUCUUAACAUAAUUUGAAAAAUUGCCUACCCAAACAGACGUGUUUAUUAGGUAGUAGUAAAAUAAAGAAUUUCAAAUAGAUAUUUAAGAAAGGUUUUUAUUUGUAUAUAUUGUGAAUUAUUCGUCGAGUUCAUUUAAAUGUACGUACGUACCCAGACUACUUUGUUCGUGCUCGGGCUGCUCCGGUACAUUUAAAUGUUCGAAGAAUAAAAAACAAGAUUGUUGAUAUAUAAAUUUUUUUAGUAAUAUAUUUGUAGUUGUAAGUUUUUUAAUUUGCAUUGAAUUUUAUUAUCGUUUUAAUAUUCGCGCGUUUUUUAUUAUCUUCGAUUAUGCGUUUUUUCUGCUAUGUUUUUUACUUCUCCUGUGUCGCAGGUAUUUUUUGGCGUCUUCAGAAGUCCUGUAAAAUGUUUUUAAAAGUUUUUAAAAAAAUUGUAUUCCAAAAAAAUAACCGGAACUUUAUAAAUUCGUUUUAUUACGGGCCUCGUUAUGGAAAUGAGGCAGAUAUAUACCUUUUGAAAAUAGGUUGAAUAUGUACGACUCAAGAAUUUUAUAUGUUGAAUAAACUAUAGUCUAAUAAA